CGUUGACAUUUGUGGCGUGCCGGCUCCAGUCUGCUGUGUCGUCCGCGGCGAGGAGGAAAGUGAAUGACCGACGGGUUUCCGGUGUGCUGCAUGUGCGUCUUCAUCUUUAGGGCAGAAAAGAGCACCUGUGAGUUGUGUUGAGCAAUAGAAUCUGGUAUGAGGUCACUUUACUCAAUAAACCAGGUUCAUUGUUCAUCUGUCUCAAACAAGGAACGGUCCCAGUCAUCAUCAGAAUCAAAUGAUGAUGAUAGAAAUGAUGACAUUGAUGACAGCUUUGCCAACUUUCUGAAAGAAAGCAUAUUUGAUCAGAACCCACCCUCAGGCAGCUAUGACAAUGUGAUGGACGAGGCCAUGUCGGACAUCUUCAGCCCGUCGCCGACGUCGAUGGAGAGCGGCCUGCUGAGCGACGACAUGCUCUUCCUGGCGCCGGGCGGGCCGGACCUGAUCGAGGGAGCGCCGGACGCCACCAUCGACCUGGGCCACCUGUGUCCGGAGAUCGCCGACCUGGCCGACUACCCCGGCGGUAUGAAGCCGGAGCCGCGGUCUCCGCCGUCACCCGGUGGCUCCGACAGUGGUGUCGAGUCCUACUCAGUCGGCUUUGAGUAUUGCGACUCGCCGCCGGUGACGCCGCCCCAGGCAACGGUGACGGCCUCUCCGCCGGCCGCCAUCAUCCAGGUGAUAAAGCAGGAGGCGGCGGCGGCGUCACAGCCCCUCCAGAUCGACACCACGCCGCAGCAAGUGAUCUGUUUCGACUCUGGCAGCAACCAAUCAUCGCAAAUCCUCCCGAUGUCCCGUCGGCUGCAGCCGAAAGGCACACCUCUGCGGCCGGCACCCAGCGUUAUUCUACCACAGAACGUGUCUCCGGGCUCUUCGUCCACCACAUACAUCAUCACCACACCAGCUGCGGCGGCCCCGGCGGCGGCGCCGCGGCCGGCGGCCGUCAUCAAACCGCGCCCGAGCGGCGGCGUGCCGGCCGGCCGGCCGCGCCCGGCGCCGGCCGCCUCGCCCGAUGACGGCUACCCCAAGGCCCGUCCGCUGCCGCGCACCGUCACCGUACCACCAACCAGGGAGAACAUGGAUCCUCGUGCGCUAAAGCGCCAGGAGCGUAUCAUCAAGAACCGCAUGGCCGCCUGUCUGUCGCGCAAGAAGAAGAAGGACCAGUUCAGCGAGAUGGAGGCGCGUGUGAAGGAGGUGGAGCAGGACAACGGCCGGCUGCGUGAGGAGAACGCGCAGCUGCACCGGCGCGUGGCGCAGCUGCAGGCCGAGGUGGAGAUGCUGCGCGGCGGCCUGCAGGCGCCGGCCUCUCCGCCGCCCAGCUCGCCGCGCCGGCCGCUGCUGCUGCUCUCCGUGCUGCUGCUGGCCUCGCUCAACCUGGCGCCGCUCGGUUCGAUAUUCUCCAGUCCGCUGUCUCUCUCGCCUGAGCUGAGCGGCGGCGGCGGACUGGACGGGGGCGCGGUGAACCGGGCGCCCGGCGGGCGCACAUUGCUCUGGGCGCCGGCGCCUUCGGACGCCGAGGCCGACCUGAACGACCUGGUGGAGGCGGUGAACGCGUCCAGUGGCUACAUGUGCCCCAAAUACGUCAACCAGACCGAGGCCAGGAGGCUAUCACGGGUGCUGCACGGUUGGUUUGACCCGGCGCCGGCACGGCCCGACAAUGGGACCGUCCAUCAGCCGCCGCCCGUCGCGCGCACUGCCGGCACCGCACGCGCCCGCUCGGCCGGCCGCCAGCGCAGGAAGAGACCAUCCAGGAGACGCGACAGUGUUCGGGCGGCCGAGCUGCAGCUUUACGACCGCUGGUUUGGCGCGUAUGGCGCCUUUCUGGACGCUAUCGAGCGGCGCGACGACACGUUCUACGUGGUGUCGUUCAACGGCGACCACCUGCUGCUACCGGCGCUCAGCCACAACCAGACUCAGCGGCCGCGCAUGUCGCUCCUGCUGCCCUCGCUGCCGCUCAACGAGUCGAUGCGCGCGCCGGAGCACUACGUGGCCAUGAUGCAGAUCGACUGCGAGGUGGUCAAUACGAAGCUGCUGCACAUCCACGAGUCGGCCAUCCCCACGCCGCCGUCCAACCACUCGGCACCGACGGGCGCGCGGCACUCCGGAGACGGCAGCAGCCGGCUCAACGACACCGGCGCCGCCCGCGGUAAGCUCAACUUCCCCGCUGCGCCGACAGAGGGCCUGGCCGUCGAUACGCCGCUCCGCUGGAACUUGAGCGCCUCCCUGGGACGGCGAGAGAAGGUCAAACCGCGACGGACGGUGCGCCAGCCGGCGGCGCCUACCGCGUCCCGGAAGGCAGCGCCGGCUCCGACCAACUCCUCAGCGGACUCGUGGCGUCGGCUGCGCUUCCGAAACGACUCGGUAGAUGGCGCUGGUGCGGAGUCGACCUUCGGUCUGCCAACGGACUCUGAGCGGCGACCACGGCCGCGGGCGGCGGCGGACAGAGCGAAUGGGGUCGACUACUUCAGCUCCGAGCACUGAGAGCCUCCUCCGUAACGGAGUUAUGGAGUUCUGGGAGGGCGGGGAAUGGUGGGGCGGGCGAGUCAGGUCCCACGUGCCGUCCCGUACAGUAUUUGGGUGUGAUGAGCCUCACAUACCUCCACUGGUUGCCCCACAAUGCAGCCAUUGGCGCAACUGACGGCGGACUUUUGCAGUUUUGUAUUUUGUCUAGCGCACAUUUUGCACCAGAGAGGUAAAGUCUACAAUGGAUGUUGCGUGUGCUAAUUUCAGCGUGGGCUGGGAAGUCAUUCGGAAGUUUGUAACUCUAAUCGUGUAGUUUCGCUUCGUGAGUGGGUCGUUGAGUCUUGCCUAAUUGGACCUGGCUGGUACAUUGAUAGUUUCAUCGAGUUACGCACGGUGAACCCCGAGUGUAGUCGGUCGCGGCUGGGCCGUUGGCAUCUUCCCCGGUUGGCGAACAGACCAAGCUAUUGGUGGCGGGCCUGAUCUCUUCUUUUCUACCUACUUCCUAAGGUCUCGGCUGAGGCAGUCUCUCCGCGGGUGUACCACUAUUCCGUCACAAACAGGGUGUUUUUGUCCGGAAUACUCCGGAGGGUGUUCGCACGAGCUCUCACUUCGCAAAGUUGUGUGCACUGGCGGGCUAAUUUGAGGGUGGUGAGGGGCAGAGUUGCGACAGCACGCUGCAUCUGGGCAUUACCCUGCUAGGUGUGCGGGGCUGGUGGGUCGCGCAGUGCACGAUAAUGUCACAAUGGGGUUGUAAAGGGAGGGUGCCUUUAUCCCCUUCGAACCACUGCUUUGGGGUAAUGCUGACCAAUCGCUCGGUCAAUGUGCACAUAACACGUUGUGAACAGGAAAUGACGUCAUAUAAUGAUGCACCAUCACACCAUAGUUAUAUGUUUACAACCAUUUGAGGAGUCAUGCUUUAUUUUGUUUUUGUUCGUUUUAAACAAUCAAUUUAUUUGCCAAUUACGGAUAUACCACAAUAGCCUCGUUAUUUAUGGGUUAAGUGCAUGACAGAGUGCGUUUGAGAAGACGACGACUUUGUUUUAUGGGUUGCACAGCCGCGGGAGUCUUGUUUGUGGGCUGUGAUUGUUUGGCUCGCGCACAGCGGCCGCGUUGCCUUGUUUGUCCGGGUUGUGUGCUCGCUGUGGCGGCGUCCGGCUCGGCCCGGCCGGAGCCGUUGCUACUCACGGUGACGGUGGCGGUAUCUGUGUGGAGGGAGUGCUCGAUUGGGCACGUUUCGUGUACAAAGAAAUGUCUGCAUCGGCAGACUGGACGGCAUUGGGGUGGGAGGCGCGAGGCUAUGGAGGGGCGACCAGACGGUGGUGGCACUCGGCCGCUGCGGGUGGAACGAUGACGCAGUCAGUUUGAUGGUGUGACAUCACACUAUCUGUCUUAUGCACGUAAGGCGGAUUCGGCUCUCGAGUGCCCACUGCGCACUGACCCCCGCUCAUCGGACGCUCAGCGGGUGGGUGUCCCCUGAUCUGUGCUCGGCCCUUCACUGCUUGUCGUGUGUUCGUAUGCGUGUUAGUGUGCGUUUGGUAGCUCGGUCGGCCGUUGCAGGGAACACCGAGUGGUCAACCCACUUUCAGUCAGUCUGGUGGUGACAUUAAUUUGUACGAAGCCGAGGCCCAGUCCGGCCCGGCUGUAGCACUUCACGUGUUUGUUAAUUUGUGUAUACUUACAGUGUACUGGUGGCAGUUAUGCGUCAGCAAUAUACCGGAUACACCGA